UACAAAUAGGGCCAUAGAGAAAGCAGUUGUGGCAGACACACUGAACUCUUCAACGCUUCGACUUUUCAACUCCUCUCUUCAGCUGCAGUAUCUUCUCUGCUGGACGGCAACUUUGACAACCCAAACAUGGCCAACAACUUAGGAUCUAGCAGAACAAAUGAUGAGGAGCUGAGGAUUGUGAUGGUGGGGAAAACAGGGAGCGGGAAGAGUGCCACUGGAAACACCAUUCUGGGACGAGAGUGCUUCGAAUCAAAGUGCAGUGCUAAAUCUAUGACCGUAGACUGCUCUAAGGGCACAGCUACGGUAGAUAGACAAAAGGUUGCUGUCAUCGACACCCCAGGCCUGUUUGACACCAGGUUUGACCAGAUACAAACAGCCAAACAAAUUGGUAAAUGCAUCUCCUUCGCUGCUCCUGGACCCCAUGUCUUCCUGGUGGUCAUCAAGGUGGGCAGAUUCACAUCGGAGGAAAAGGAGUCCGUGCAGAACAUUCAGAAAAUGUUUGGCAAGGAUGCAGAUCGAUACAGCAUGGUUCUCUUUACUGCUGGUGACUCUCUGGACAACAGUAUUGAGGAGUUCUUGAAUGAUUGCGAAGAGCUUAAGGGGCUUGUGGCCAAAUGUAAUGGCCAGUACCAUGUCUUCAACAAUAAGGUUAAGGAUCGCUCUCAGGUCAGUGAGCUAUUCCAGAAGAUCAGAAAUAUUGCCGAGAAGAAUGGGGGAAGCCACUACACCAACGACAUGUUCCAAGAGGCAGAGAGGGUAAUCGAAGAGGAUAAAAAACGCAUCCUGAAAGAGAAAGAAGAGCAAAUGCGCAAAGAACAAGAGGAAAUGGAGAGGAAAAUGAAAGAAAAAUAUGAGGAGGCGAUGAAGAAAAUUAACAAACAACUCCAGCAAGAUCAACUUCCGUUUGCUGAUACCCUCAGUGCGGUUCCAUAA